CCUGCAUCUUUCAGGAAUGUCCCCUUCACCAUCAAAAGGUUUGGACUGGCCUCUUGUACUGGGCUCCCUCUCUGCAGCUGUAUUAUUUCUAUGCUCGCUGGUUGUUUUGGUCAUGCUGGCCAAGAGGAAAGCAAAAGCUGCCGCCGAGGAAAAGAAGAGAAGACAAGAAGCACAGUUCUGGACUAAAGUGCAUGCUAGAGACCACGUUGUUGAUCUUACUCUUAGACGUACAAGUUUUACUUCUCAGGAAUGGGCCCACGGCGACACGGAAACACCUUCCAGAUCUUCUGCCUGGAACCCCCUCUCUACUUUCACAACCCCGAUCUAUUAGAAAUGUGUGUGUGUGUGUGUGUGUGUGUGUGUGUGUGUGUGUGUGUGUGUGUGUCCUUCAUCAGGGUUUGUCAAUGUAGCAACAGCUGGAGUUACACAGCAGGACAGGAAAUAAGCACUUCCUACUCUUCCCUUUUCAUUAUCGUGUAGCAGUUAAUGUAAGAUUAUUUCUCCUGAUAUGAUGUUUCGUCUUCCUGAGAAUAUGAAAUUAAAUACAUAUUUUAUUAUCUUUUUUUAUGA